UUAGGCUGCACAGGCAAGGGUUUCCCAUUUGUCCCACAAAACACAAUAGCACAAUGCAGUACCAUAACAUUAACAGUAUACAAAGAAGAAGAAGAAGAAAAAAACAUAUUUCAGUGUAAUUUUAGACACUGUAACUUCAGAAAAAUAACAAUGCUCUGUUCCAUACAUUGGACAUUUAAGACAAUACACUGGGAAGCAUGAUGAUUUUAAAGUCACACACACACAUAUUUAGCUUAUUAGCUUACUAUUUUUAAAGAGGUUUAUGGCAGAACUGUGUCCUCUCCUCUAGUCUGGAUAGGAACUCCACCCUCAAUGAGGCGUGUUACCAAACCAGAUCCACAGGAAAGAAAGAGAGGUCUUCAGAGAAAGAGUUUAACAGCCGUUGAAUUAUAAAAGGACUGAAACAUCUAAAUUUUUUCUAUCUCAGGUUUGCUGUAUUCUUUAUCAGAAAUAUUCAGAGAAGAGAAGAGUGAGUUGUCCUUGCUCUGAGCCAUGGACUGGAAGACUUUUCAAGCCCUUCUCAGUGGGGUGAACAAAUACUCCACCGCAUUCGGCCGGAUCUGGCUCUCUGUGGUUUUUGUGUUCAGAGUGAUGGUGUACGUUGUAGCGGCCGAGAGAGUUUGGGGCGAUGAGCAGAAGGACUUUGACUGCAACACCAAGCAGCCGGGCUGCGCGAACGUCUGCUACGACUACUUCUUCCCCAUUUCCCACAUCCGUCUGUGGGCUCUGCAGCUCAUCUUCGUCACCUGCCCGUCGUUGAUGGUUGUCAUGCACGUGAAGUACCGUGACGAGCGCGAACGCAAGUACCGUGAGAAGCACGGCGAAAAAGCCAGGCUCUACGACAACACGGGGAAGAAGCACGGUGGACUGUGGUGGACGUACCUGAUCAGCCUUUUUGUCAAAACCGGCAUCGAGAUCACCUUCUUGUACAUCCUCCAUCACAUCUACGACAGUUUCUACCUGCCCCGGCUGGUGAAGUGUGACGUCCAGCCGUGUCCCAACAUUGUGGACUGUUACAUUGGCCGACCCACAGAGAAAAGAGUCUUCACCUACUUCAUGGUCGGAGCUUCGGCACUCUGCAUAGUGCUCAGUGUCUGCGAGAUCAUCUAUCUGAUCUCCAAACGCGUCAUUCUCUGUGCCAGAAAGUUUAAAAGGCCCCACAGAAGCAGCACACCGCUUCAUGGACGAUACCGAGACGAGGACAGCAACUGCACCCUUCCUAUGCAUGAGUUGGACAACAAAUCCGAGUUUAAGACAGAGUCUAAACCAGACUUUAAGUCAGAGUAUAAACCUGGGUCUAAACCACAGUUUAAAUCUGAACUCAAACCAACAUUUAAGCCAGCCUACAGGUUGAGCGUAGACAUGAGAGCUUCUGCUCCAAAUCUCUCUGUACCUAUGUACAAGAUACAGUCUGAUAUACUCUGAAGAACAUGUUUCCCUCCGCGUCAAGUAUUUACAAAGUCAUCUGGAGGCAUAAAACAAACUUUGAAUGUCUGGACAAUCUCAAAGUCUUUUAUUAUCCAUCAAGCCCUAUAAAACUGCCAGUCUUGGGUAUAUAUCAUUUGGCAGAUGGUUCGUGAAAUUCUAUAUGCCAGAUUCAGAAACUUUUGACUUGAAAAUACCAGGGAUUAAGUGUUUUGCCUAAUGGCGAAGUGGAUUGUGAUUUCACUGCUACCUGGGUUCAAACCUGGAGUUAUCAGCCUAGUUCCUUUAGGCUUCAAAACCAGCUCAAAUGACUGCAUUAUCACCGUGAUCCUAAGAGCUAAUGGUGACGAAAGCAUUCCUUUUCUUCUGAUUCACUCUUCUCAUUCAUUUCUUAAAAAGAACAAAGGUGAAAACCCAUGAAAAAGCAAACGAGUUAUCAAAUAACCAAGGCAUUCAUGGAGAACACACCUUACAUACAAAACCCACCUCCACCUUCACACGCACAAAGAACGAUAAGAGGAAGAGUGGAGUUUCAUUGUAUGUGAAAAUAUGUAAUGAAAAUGCCUGAUGGGUCAUUGAUUGUUUACAGUGCCUUAUUUCUCAAUGUCCUGGACGUGUAACAAAGAUUAGAACAAAGUUUUAUAGUUGAAGCUGUUUCGACUUUCACUGUUUCAGAAAGAUCAUAGUUGACGUUUAAGUGCGAACACUCCUGUACUCUAUCUGAACUCAAAUUCCUAUGCUGGAAAAAUGAGAGGUAUAUAAAAUAAACCACAGUGUCCUUAAUAUGGACAACCAUGGAAAGUUUUUCUUCUACUAUUUGUUGUAAAAGACUGUGGGCUAACCUCUCCUGAUCUACACUUGGCAAGCAUUUGUAACAGUCUGACUUUGUUCAGGCUUGCUGUUAUGAUCACGUUACAUACUUUAGACCUUUUAUGCUACAUACCCUGCCUUUGUAUCAAAAAAUUCACCAAUGCACUGACAUAUUGUAUUAUGAAAUAUCUUCAGGUUAUUUAAAAAAAAAAAAGUAAGUUGUUUUUAAGACCUUUUAUGACAUAAGAGAUUGAGGAAGCUUUGAAUGUUUAUUCAUUUUGAUACUCUUUAAAUAAAGUAUAAAAUCAUG